GCUAAUCACUUCUUCGGGAUCUCAAUUCAUCCCUCUCUUUGAAAAUUUCUGAAGCUUUUCCAUAGUUUUCUCGAGCCAUGGCUGCAAAGAAAGCUGUGUUGCAAUUGAUUAUUGACAAGGAGAAAAUCAGGACGAAAGUGUUUGUGACCGUUGCUGGAUUUACAGGUGUUACUUCGAUAACUAUGGAUGACAAAACCGGGAAACUGACGGUAGUGGGAGAAAUUGAUGUGCCAAUUAUCGUAAUGAAGCUAAGGAAGCUAUGUAACACAGAGAUUGUUUCUGUUGAAGUAGUUAAACCACCUGAGAAAAAGCUUGAACCGGAGAAACCGGCUCCACCUAAACCAGCUCCAGCUCCAGCUAAACCGACUGAAAAUAUUGCGGCUCCGAUGAACUACCAGAACCAAUACAAUCCUGCCUAUGCCUAUCCUGAUUCUUACUAUCAACCAAAUAAUACUUGUGUGAUUAUGUGAUUUUUCUAGAGUUAUUUCAAUAAUGUUAAUAUAUAUGAACACAUAAUUGGUUAAUUUUGAUGGAAGAGUACUGUAAUUCAUGUAUGAUAAAAUAAUGUUAUGUUA